UCGCCGCCUCAAAAUAUGACGCCUCCCAAACACCAAAGCGAUUAGAAUGGAGACUAAUUACUCCUCGGUCUUCUAAGUUGGCGUCCCGGAGCAGUAAAGGAGACAGGAAAGCCGAUGCUGUGAACUGAAGCAGCUUGGUGUUGCAGAAGCGGCGAGAACGGUGAUUUACAUUGCUGGCCUGAAUUUUGUGACCCAGAUACAGCUUCAUUGUGAGAAAAUGCCGCUCGAAUCAAUGAUACCGAUGGAAGAAUCAAAAGAUGAAGGCUGCUGCAGCAUCAAUUUUCUGAAGUAUGUCUUGUACAUGUUCAAUUUUGUCUUCAUGCUGUCGGGCCUGGCCGUGUUCGGUGUGGCCGUGUGGUCACUGGCCGCCGAGCCGCACUACAUCCUGCUGCUGGCCACGGCCUCGUUCGGCACGGCCGCCUACGUGUUGAUGGCGGCCGGCCUGCUGGUGGUCAUCACCAGCGUGGUCGGCUGCCUGGGCGCACUCCGCGAGAGUCUGCCCUGCCUCCUCACCUACACUUUCGUGCUGCUGCUGAUCUUCCUGAUGGAGUCGAUGGCGGGCGUGCUGGCGUACGUGUACCAGGUGCAGCUGCAGAUGGAGCUGGCCCAGCACCUGAACAGCACCUUCACCAACAAGUACGGCAUGCAGCUGGCCUACACGGAGGCCAUCGACGACAUGCAGCAGGAUUUCCACUGCUGCGGCGCCACCUACUACACCAACUGGCAGUACAGCCGCUGGCUGGACUCGGAGGCCAACGCCGAGCGCCGCAAGGUGCCCGACAGCUGCUGCAAGACGGUGGUGGAGCUGUGCGGCCGGCGUGACCACCCCUCCAACAUCAACCCGGCGGGCUGCGUGCACCAGCUGGACUUCGUGAUCCAGGACCAUCUGGUGGUGGUGGGCGCUGUCGGCGUGGGCGUCUCCGUUGUCCAGAUCUUCGGCGUCAUCAUAUCCUGCUGCCUCUUCGUCAAGCUGAAGAACUAUGGCCGCGGCUACUGAACGUGAACUGCCGGGGGCGCUGCCGAAGCGCCGUGGCGGCCGGGAGCGGAGCUUGCGUCGCUUUUGUAUGUACAUAGAUGGCGUUUAACGGGGUCCGUCCGUUACCGGGUGAACUGACAGGCGGCUUGAUCCCGCAAUGGGCUGAAAAAUUAUCAUUCCUCGCAGCGGACCAGAUUUGUUCUUCAGGGUCGUUUUAUUCUGGUCCUUUGUGUGACUCGGUUACUGCAGUUUUCUGCUUAUUGUCGUAUUCUGACAAUAUUUGGGCUAUGUGUCUCACCUAUGAAUCUCUAUCCGUCUGCUGUUGACUAUAUUUUAGUAAGUUAUCUUUGCAUGUUCCGUUAUUUUUUAUGUGGUGUGACAAUAUUUGACAAUCCUUUUACACUAUAGAAUCUCUUUAAUGCCAUCCCGCUGAUUUUGAUGUUUUUGCCACUGCUUUAAGGCGGGUUGUUGCUAAAGAGCACUCACCACAGUACGUCUCUAUCUUAAUACGUCAUCGCGGCGACAGUGGCGAUACUGCUCGCACUCUCCACACUAGAUGUUGGUGGGGAAGACUUCCCUUUCGUUGACUGGAUAGCGAAUCAUCCGGGGCGUGUUGGCCAUCACAUCGAUACAAAUGUCAAUCGCGUCACAUUGUUCCAAGCGGUCAAAAAGUGACUGGACAUGGAUGAAUUCAAAACAACAGGCUCCUGGGAUAGGCGCCACUCUGUGCUCCAACCCUGUUCCGGAAACGAAGGCUGGGCAGUCAUUGACAACCGGAAUAAUGGCACUGUUGUUGACCUGAUCUAGCCUAUUGUCUGUUGGAGGAACUCAUGUUUCAAGGUCAUCCAUGCCUUAAUGACUGCGGCUGCCUUUGCUCAGAUAUUUCAAUGAGCUUACCACAUAGAUAAGGGUCUGGUAGACCUAGUGCCUAUAGCCUACGUAGUGCCUAAAAACGCUGCGCACAACCGUGCCAAUUAUGGUGGAGUGUUUUUGGCCACGACUAAACAAGCGCAAUUGCCAAAUAUUGCACGGCCAUGACAGCGACAGUAAUGCAUGUAUGAACCGAACCGGCGUGGCUCUUUAAGUUACAAGUGUGUGCAUUCGUUUUGUUAAAAGUGCCUCGUGAUGUGAUGCUAAAUGGCUCGCUUGGUGCGCCGUUUCGGGCGGACAUAGUGUCCGUGUACUUAAUUCCUUCAUGCAAGGUCUGAGUUGUUUCUCGCGACACUGCCAAAGGUCGUAUGAUAGUUGUUUGAUCGCAGCUCCUCGUGUCCUGCCGCCUAUCCCUCUCCCCCCCCCCCCGCGCCUAACCGGAGCGCGAGCUGCAGUCCUGCGCUACCAGCGCGCGCAGGGAUGGCAGUGACACGUCAUGCUCGCCUGGGUCCGCUGUACCUUGGCGUGCGCUGCGUGCUCGGUGGCUGGGCCCCUGCGGCCCACCAGCGGCACCGGUGGAGCGGCACAGACUGCCGGGUCGAGUCCGGUCUGGCACGCGCUCCGACACCGACGGUAGGACGUGAACGCGGUCGGUGGGGUGGGGGGGGGGGGGGGGAGUGGUAAACUUACUAUGGUCUGCCAUGUAAUGAACAGGACUGGUGCUUCCUUCUCGCCCCAACGGUCUCGUUGCUAUUGUGUGUUUUCUGUUAUUUGUGCUGUAUCGCUUUUCUGCCAUGGUGAUAAAAAUCGAGAUUAUCAGUAUGCUUCCACUUGCGAAAUCAGUGUAGUAUGUGCAAACGUGUCCUACGUAGGGAUGAAUUUAUGCUCUUCCGAUGUACAAGCUUCCAUCUGGUAGAAGCCCGUAUGCGCAUGUACUUAAUGUGUUACCAAUGCUCUUUUGCUAAAUAAAGCAUAGAAAUGAAA